AUGGAGACCACUCCACACAAGGAGUAAAAAAAAUGAAAAACUUUGGGUCUUUUCAAAAUUUUUAGUCAGAUAGCAACAUAAGUAACAGUCGGGGGAGUGGACAUAACCCAAAGAGCAAUAGCGAGAUCGAAGCUUGUACCCCUUUCAACAUUCCGCAGUUCUAUUUCGACUAGGAUCGUUGAAGACGGUCACAGAAAUGCCAGCAGUCGGACAGGAAUUGGGAAUUAAGACCAAAAUUGGCAAAUGUAUGAGCCAGUCGUCAAUGAUGUCCCUCUACGAGCUGAGGGAGAUGAACAUGCUCUGCGACGCCGUGAUCAGAUUGGAAGACGGUUCAUCAUUUCCUGUCCAUCGGGCAAUUCUGUCGGCUUGCAGCAGUUAUUUCAGGUCUCUUUUUACCACGACACUCCACCAGUCGGAAAAAACGGACGUGCUUCUCCCAGGUCUGGCCUCUAAUAUACUCGGCGCUUUGCUCGAAUACGCCUAUUUAAGGCGGAUCACGAUCACGGAAGACAACGUGACCUACCUCUUGUCAGCAGCAGACUACCUUGCCAUACUUGGUGUUAUUGAGCAAUGCUGUGAGUUCCUAAAAACUCAGCUGAAUCCGGAAAACUGCAUUGGAAUUUUAAAGUAUGCUAGGGACCACUUCUGUCUGAAGCUAGAAAAGGAAGCUUUUACGUACGUAAUGCGUAACUUCGUGCAGGUAGCGCAAAGGAGUGAGGAAAUACUGAAUUUAGGCGUCGACGAAAUCAAAGAAAUAGUCGGAUCCGACGAACUCAAUGUUAAAAGCGAAGAACUCGUCUGGGAAUUUGUUCUAAGGUGGAUUUCCAAAGACCCUGAGAACAGAAAACAGCACAUUGUCAUUCUCAUGGGGCAGAUCAGGCUCGGCUUGAUGGACACGCAGUUCUUUUUGGAACACGUGAAAGAGCACCAAUACGUAGCUGGCAACGAUCUUUGUCGACCGAUAAUUAUCGACACCUUGAGGUUUUUAUACGAUUUGGAGAUGAUAACACAAAGAACGGGCGAGGUGUCGACACCUGAAAUAGCGAGGCCGAGAGUCCCACACGAGAUUCUUUUCGCCAUCGGAGGCUGGAGCGGAGGAAGUCCUACCAACUACAUCGAAACUUACGAUACUCGAGCCGAUCGAUGGGUCAAGGUUGAAGAAGUUGACCGGACGGGACCUAGAGCUUACCACGGAACAGCGGUUGUCGGUCACGAUAUUUAUAUAAUUGGAGGUUUCGACGGAAUGGACUACUUCAAUUCGUGUCGUUGCUUUAACGCAGUGACUAAGACCUGGAGGGAAAUCGCUCCGAUGAAUGCUAGAAGAUGCUAUGUGAGCGUGGCAGUACUUGACGAUGUUAUCUACGCUAUGGGGGGUUAUGACGGACACCACAGGCAAAACACGGCUGAGAAGUACGACUACCGCACCAACCAAUGGACGAUGAUAGCGCCCAUGAACGCCCAGAGGAGCGACGCUUCUGCUACAACUCUCAACGGUAAGAUUUAUAUAACCGGCGGUUUCAACGGACAAGAGUGCAUGAAUACGGCUGAGGUCUACGACCCCGAGUUGAACCAGUGGUCGAUGAUUCCACCGAUGAGGUCAAGAAGAAGCGGGGUUUCAUGCGUGGGCUACCACGGUUGCAUAUAUGUCAUAGGGGGGUUUAAUGGCAUUUCGAGGAUGUGUAGCGGUGAGAAAUUCAACCCAGCCAAUAACAACUGGACACCUAUUCCAGACAUGUACAACCCAAGGAGUAACUUCGCUAUCGAAGUUAUAGAUGAUAUGAUAUUCACAAUAGGAGGAUUUAACGGAGUUACGACCAUAUACCAUGUUGAAUGCUACGACGACAAACCCAACGAAUGGUACGAAGCGACCGACAUGAAUAUUUACAGAUCGGCGUUAUCGGCCUCUGUCAUAAUGGGCCUCCCGAAUGUCCGUGACUAUAUUCACCAGCACAGGGACCGUCUCAUGGAGGAAAAGCGGCAGAAGCUACUUGCCUUAGACGCCCAGAGAUCCGUCCAGAAUAGAGUCCAGGAUAAUCAAGUCCACAACGUCAACAUACUCAACGUCGACGAUAUAAAUAACAAUCUAUAAUAUAACACAUAAAAAUAAGUAAAGCAAAAAGAAAGCCAACAAUAAGCAAGAAACCUGAAGUAAAAAAUGACAUAAACACAGCAUAACUACAUCAUUUCAUCUGCCUACAUAACGCUGCCCUGGAAAAAAAAUAAAAAUUAAAAAAUUAAAAAAACGAAGUUCAUUUGUAAAUAAAGGCCAAAUUUAUUAGAUUA